UAGGAACUAUUUGUGGUCGGCGUGGUGGAAGGACACAGUGAGGUUCUCACCUCCGCCCCCCGCCCGUCGCUCGCAUCCCCAGUUCCAUCAAAGCCAACCCGGGCCAGCGCAGGGAUCUCCGAGUUGAGAGUGUGCUGAGGCUUGGACUGUCACUCAUUCUCCGCUCAGCGCGUGAACGCAGCUCGGCAGUGGCUGGCAAGAAACAAUUCUGCAAAAAUAAUCAUACCCAGCCUGGCAAUUGUCUGCUCCUCGGUCCGUUGCUCCGCCGCCGUCCACAGUUGCUCGUAAGGGGAAGGCACAGAAUUUACCUCGGCCAAAACAUCCCUCCCAGCCGGCAGUUUACAAUGCUGCGAACUAAGGAUCUCAUCUGGACUUUGUUUUUCCUGGGAACCGCAGUUUCCCUUCAGGUGGAUAUUGUUCCCAGCCAAGGAGAAAUCAGCGUUGGAGAGUCCAAAUUCUUCCUGUGUCAAGUGGCAGGAGAUGCCAAAGAUAAGGACAUCUCCUGGUACUCCCCCAAUGGGGAAAAGCUGAACCCAAACCAGCAGCGGAUCUCAGUGGUGUGGAAUGAUGAUGACUCCUCGACACUCACCAUCUAUAAUGCCAAUAUUGAUGAUGCCGGCAUUUACAAGUGUGUGGUUACUGCGGAGGAUGGCACCCAGUCGGAGGCCACUGUCAACGUGAAAAUCUUCCAGAAGCUCAUGUUCAAGAAUGCACCAACCCCACAGGAGUUUAAGGAAGGCGAAGAUGCUGUGAUUGUGUGUGACGUAGUCAGCUCCCUGCCCCCAACCAUCAUCUGGAAACACAAGGGCCGAGAUGUUAUCCUGAAAAAAGAUGUCCGAUUCAUCGUCCUGUCCAACAACUACCUGCAGAUCCGGGGCAUCAAGAAAACAGAUGAGGGCACUUACCGCUGUGAGGGCAGGAUCCUGGCCCGGGGGGAGAUCAACUUCAAGGACAUUCAGGUCAUUGUGAAUGUGCCACCUACUGUGCAGGCCAGACAAAGCAUCGUGAACGCCACUGCCAACCUGGGCCAGUCUGUCACCUUGGUGUGUGAUGCUGAUGGUUUCCCAGAGCCCACCAUGAGCUGGACAAAGGAUGGGGAACCCAUAGAAAAUGAGGAGGAAGAUGAUGAGAAGCACGUCUUCAGUGAUGACAGUUCUGAACUGACCAUCAGAAAUGUGGACAAAAACGACGAGGCUGAGUAUGUCUGCAUUGCUGAGAACAAGGCUGGUGAGCAGGAUGCCUCAAUCCACCUCAAGGUCUUUGCAAAACCCAAAAUCACCUAUGUAGAGAAUCAGACAGCCAUGGAGCUAGAGGAACAAGUCACACUGACCUGUGAAGCCUCAGGAGACCCCAUCCCCUCCAUCACCUGGAGAACUUCCACCCGAAACAUCAGCAAUGAAGAAAAGGCUUCGUGGACUCGACCAGAGAAGCAAGAGACUCUGGACGGACACGUGGUGGUACGCAGCCAUGCUCGUGUGUCCUCCCUGACUCUGAAGAGCAUCCAGUACACAGAUGCUGGCGAAUAUAUCUGCACGGCCAGCAACACCAUCGGCCAGGACUCCCAGUCCAUGUACCUUGAAGUUCAAUAUGCUCCCAAGCUCCAGGGCCCUGUGGCUGUGUACACUUGGGAGGGGAACCAGGUGAACAUCACCUGUGAGGUCUUUGCCUACCCAAGUGCCACAAUCUCCUGGUUCCGAGACGGUCAGUUGCUGCCAAGCUCCAACUACAGCAAUAUCAAGAUCUACAAUACCCCAUCUGCUAGCUAUCUGGAGGUAACCCCUGACUCAGAAAAUGACUUUGGAAACUACAACUGUACGGCAGUGAAUCGCAUUGGACAGGAGUCCUUGGAAUUCAUCCUUGUUCAAGCAGACACGCCAUCUUCUCCGUCCAUCGACCGGGUUGACCCAUACUCCAGCACAGCACAGGUGCAGUUCGAUGAGCCAGAGGCCACAGGUGGAGUGCCCAUCCUCAAAUACAAGGCUGAGUGGAAGUCACUGGGCGAAGAAGCGUGGCAUUUCAAGUGGUAUGAUGCCAAAGAAGCCAACAUGGAAGGCAUUGUUACCAUCAUGGGCCUGAAGCCUGAGACAAGGUAUGCGGUGCGGCUGGCGGCCCUCAACGGCAAGGGGCUGGGUGAGAUCAGUGCAGCCACGGAGUUCAAGACACAGCCAGUCCUGGCUCCUGCUAACUCUUCCACCCUUGUUCCAUUGUCUUCACGAGCUACAACCUGGCCUCUUCCUGUCCUUCCAACCACAGACCUGUCUAGGGAACCCAGUGCACCCAAGCUGGAAGGGCAGAUGGGAGAGGACGGGAACUCCAUCAAGGUGAACCUGAUCAAGCAGGAUGACGGAGGCUCCCCCAUCAGACAUUAUCUGGUCAAGUACCGAGCGAAGCUCGCCUCCGAGUGGAAACCGGAAAUCAGGCUCCCAUCCGGCAGUGACCACGUCAUGCUCAAGUCCCUGGACUGGAAUGCCGAGUAUGAAGUAUAUGUGGUAGCUGAGAAUCAGCAAGGAAAAUCCAAGGCAGCUCAUUUUGUGUUCAGGACCUCAGCCCAGCCCACAGCUAUCCCAGCCAACGGCAGCCCCACCACAGGCCUGAGCACUGGUGCCAUCGUGGGCAUCCUCAUUGUCAUCUUUGUUCUACUCCUGGUGAUCAUGGACAUUACCUGCUACUUCCUGAACAAGUGUGGCCUGCUCAUGUGCAUUGCUGUUAACCUGUGUGGCAAAGCUGGUCCUGGAGCCAAGGGAAAAGACAUGGAGGAGGGCAAGGCUGCUUUCUCGAAAGAUGAGUCCAAAGAACCCAUUGUGGAGGUCCGAACAGAGGAGGAACGGACCCCCAACCAUGACGGAGGGAAGCACACAGAGCCCAAUGAGACCACGCCACUGACAGAGCCCGAGCUGCCUGCUGACACUACAGCCACUGUCGAGGACAUGCUGCCUUCUGUCACCACCGUCACCACUAACUCUGACACUAUCACCGAAACUUUUGCCACUGCUCAGAACAGCCCCACCAGUGAGACCGUUACACUGACUUCCAGUAUUGCCCCACCAGCCACAGCUGUGCCGGACUCAAAUUCUGUGCCCACUGGUCAGGCCACCCCUUCCAAGGGGCCUAGUGUCACUGCCUCGUCCUCACCCUCAGCCUCAGCCCCAAAAGUUGCUCCUCUUGUUGACCUGAGUGAUACCCCAAGCUCAACUACUUCUGCUAGCAAUUUGUCCUCCACUGUCCUAGCUAACCAAGGAGCUGUUCUAAGCCCUAGCACACCUGCCAGUGCCGGGGAGGCCCCCAAGGCUCCUCCAGCCAGUAAGCCUUCCCCAGCUCCAACCCCCACCCCAGCUGGAGCAGCCAGCCCCUUAGCAGCAGUAGCCGCCCCUGCCACAGAAGCCCCCCAGGCCAAGCAGGAAGGCCCCAGCACCAAAGGCCCGGACCCAGAGCCCACCCAGCCUGGCGCCGUGAAGAACCCACCCGAGGCAGCCACAGCCCCUGCUAGCCCGAAGAGCAAGGCUGCCUCCGUCAGCACCACAAACCCUUCCCAGGGCGAGGACUUAAAAAUGGACGAAGGGAACUUCAAGACCCCAGAUAUUGACCUUGCAAAGGAUGUUUUUGCAGCCCUGGGCUCUCCUGCUCCGGCUACUGGGGCCAGUGGACAAGCCUCUGAGCUUGCUCCUUCCACUGCAGACAGCGCUGUGCCGCCGGCACCAGCAAAGACCGAGAAGGGUCCAGUAGAAACAAAGUCUGAGCCCCAGGAGUCAGAAGCAAAGCCAGCACCAACUGAAGUCAAGACGGUCCCCAACGACGCCACACAAACAAAAGAGAAUGAGAGCAAAGCAUGAUGGGUACCAAGCAACAAGCAAAGAUCAAAAUAAAAAGUGACACAGUGGCUUCACCAGAGCAUCCCCGAUCUCAUACACACACACACACACACACACACACACACACACACACACACUCAUUCUUCUAGUGUCUUUUGCCUUUAAAAACAACAAAAACAGAUAAACAUGGGAUCGCCUUUUUGUAGAUUUCUAGAAAGGGCUCCUUUGUUUCACAUUCACUUGUUAAAAAAUAAAAUGAGACAAAAAGGUUAAACCCACAGCCAAACUAGGACACUCUGUUCCCUGAAACCAUUUAAAAAUCAAACAAAAGGACCCCAAAUUAAGAAUCUAGGAAGCUCAGAAAGAAAAAGGAAAAAAAAAAAAAAAUCUAGGUUCAGGAAGGCUGCAAUUGGUGUUACCCAAUUGGCACAGUUCAGUUUCAGAAGAAUGCUUCCAAGAACUCAGACUAACCGAAUGAACCCAGUCCACAGUUUAUUUUUAUACUUUCAGUCAAGUUGAGACUGUAGAACCUCACAAAUAAGUUAUACUUUCUGUUCACUUUGUAUUUGUUCUGUAUGCAAAGUGUGGCACUCUAGCUAGCUGCGUUCAGUUCCCAUGUAGACUCCUGUUCGUAGGAAGAAUGCCAAAUCGCAGCUUAUUCAAUUUCUUUUGCUUUUGUUUUUCUUCCAUUGUUUCUUUUCUUUCCUUUUCUUCCUCUCUUCCAAGUUUCCUUUCCAGUGUUUACAAGUUGACAUGUUUGACUUUGGUUGUGUUUAAUGUCUGUGUAAAAUAGCUGCCCCCACCCCUUUUUUUCUUUAAGCAACAGGUACCCCGUAGAGGCAGGUAGAAUCCUCCCAGGUUGCUUUUAGCACAGGGUGAAGGUUACAAAAGAUGAUUGUUUACAGUGGCUCUACUCCACUCCCCCAGUUCUGAUUCAUUACAGUUUUACCUGUGUCAAACUGGGGUGAAAGCCCCCUCCUUCUGGAAUGAUUUUGCCUUUUUUUUUUUCCUGUUUGAUUCUGUUGCUGUUUCUUAGGGGGAGAUAGGGGAUGUUAGACCACUUUCAGAUUAGCUGCCACCUGUGUCUGUGACACUGGACCUGCCUCCCAGGUGUCUGCACGCCCUUCCUCUGAAGGGCCCUUUGGCUUUGUUGAAUGAAGCAGAGAAGAUUGUAUAGUUGGGGCUGGUCUUGGUGAACACACUUUUUUUUAAGCCCAAACACCCCCUUUUUGUAGAAAGCCAAAUAAAAUAUAUACAUACCAUUUCCUUUAGAGCCCAGCAUCUAGAUUUGAGCGCAAGAGCACGUGUGCUUCAGGGAAGCAGUGUCUCCUUUUGGAAAUCUGUUGAAGUAAAGUGACAUUGGCCUUCUCUUCACUUAGACAACAUUUGUAAAAACAAAUACUGUCUGGAGUUAUAAUAAAACUUUCCUGGAUCAGAAACCAAGUGUGGGGGGAAACACAGAAACUUUCAGGGGAUGGGAGGGAGGGAAGGGAAAAGCCAGCCCUUUGUAUAGAAAUUUCGCUUUUGUUUUUCAUUCUUCUUUAGAACCGCAAGCUUGUGCACUGUGGAUGCGUGAAUAUUUUAGUGUGAAACGUGUUUUUGUCAUAGUAUUGAAAUAAAACUUCAACAUAGUUUGGUUGUGGAAGGUAUAGCAGAUAGUUCAGAAAAAAAUAUUCAGGAAACAAAAAAGAAAAAUUAAAAAAAAAAACAGAAAUCCCAAAAGGAAUAGAAGCCUUUCAACAAAGGAAAUGAAAUACAAUGACGCUGAUGAAGAGGACACUAAAGCCAACAGACGUCCAUCCGACAGCUCGAGUUCCUUUCCCAAGUACAAAGCAACAAUAGGUUAGGGUGGCCAGACGGCUCCCGUGUCCACUUUGUGGGACACCCCCCCCAAUGUUCUGACACUUCUGCAGUGUGAUCAGUGGCGAUGCUAGAUUAUAAUUUCAAACUGUGAAAAAAAAUAAUGGUCUUGUCAUUUGCUCAAUGUGGGGUUAUUUUGCAUUUUCUCAGCUCCUGGGGAUGGAAAUGGAGGAUCCCAGAACACUCAGACUGGUCCCUUUCAUUCCAGGGCCUGCACAGAUCCACAGUUCACAUGCACAGGUCCUCAGGAAGAGGUAUUGGGAAGACGGUAGAGAGGACAGGCUCAUAACAGAGUGGGAGAGGUGGGCAGCACGUACGCCAGGGAGGUCCUAGGGCUGAGGGCCGGACUCCUCUGGCCACAGCCCGUCCAGUGGAAUCUGUUUUCCAUAUUGUGAAGUCAAUGGCUUGACCAGCUAGGAUGAGGGCACACAGCACCUCCUAGAAAUGGUGUAUUUCACUCUGUUUGUGGGUUGACAAAUUGAGCCCAAUUCUGAUAAAAAAAGAGUCAGAGGUAUGGCCAUCCCCAAAAUAACAUGGCCCAGGGUGGCUCACCCCCAGAACACUGGCCCCACCAUUAGCUGGAAUUUAAGACUGUCCACACUCUGAUCUGCCUUUGUCUUUAUACAUAUGUUUGUCUCAGCAUGCAUAAGUUUUUUUAUUUUCUUCUUUUUUUAAUAGCAGUAAUCUCUCUAAAAUCAAGGAGGAAGACAGCAUAUUACCCACCUGUUUUAUCUUUUAUGUGAUGAGAUAAGCACUUACAGUUUUCUAUUUUGGUUUCUUUGGGUUUUUGUUUGUUUUUGUUUUGUUUUGUUUUUAGUUUUUGGAAGGAGGGAUGGACUCCACCAGUUUCAAUGUUGCUGUGUCGUAUGUCUAUGUGGCAUACAUAUGUAUCACAUAAAGACCAGCAUGGCCAAGUUCUGCGGGAAGGCCACCCAGGUGCCAUGAGUGGGGUCUCCCAAUCCUGAAGGGCCAAGGUGUACUCAAUAAGACUCUAUGUUCUCACUUUUCUAUGGAACCUCCCACGUCCCAGGGUCUCACCCUCAGCUGUCCGUCUGGAUGGUGGUGAUCCCACCUCCAUUAACAUCCUUGCCUAGCAUUCUGUACUUCGGGGGCCUUCUCUCUUGUUAUAAAACUUUUUACUGAGUGAAACAUCAACACCACCUUUGUUUCCAUUCUCACUGCUGUAAAUACUGAGUACUAACUGAGAAUUUUGACUUUGCAUUCUGUCAGAAUACUUGUGUUCAAUAAAAAUUGAAAGAAAAAAAAAGCAA